UUUCUAAGCUUACAAAUAAACUGGCGUUUAAUCUUGAUUCGGCCGUAGCCUGUCAAAUGUCAGUACAAAAUUAGCUUCGGAUUUGGGCCUAUUUCUUUUAUUUGUCUCCUGAAAGAUAAUUUGUUGCCAACCCAUAAUUUAUGAUUUCAAUUCUGUGAUCUACUGAUCAGGAAAAAAUGUGAUGUAGCGUAGCAUUUUAGUCUCCUCAGCACAUUUGAAAAUAACAACUCAUUGUCUCAUUCGACAUAGUUUGGUAAAUGAAGACAUUCUAAGUAUUUAUUGGAAACAGAGAAUUGAUAAAAAUGUCUUGGUUCCAGUCUGCGUGUCAUAGUUGCAGUCUAAUUCUCUUUUGGUUGCAUCGCUAGUUCAGCUGUAACCAUGCAGUCACGUUCACCCUCGCGUCUGCGCUGGACGCGUGCGUUGUGGUUCUUACUUCACCUAAUGUUUAUAUAGUUUUUCCGCUGUUCACUGCAUGUUCUAAAGAACUGGAUCAGCUCGUUUUAGUUACGCUGUGACUUUACUUAUGAAGUGCUAACCGGAUUUUGGUCUGAAUACUAAAGUUUCUAUUUUGAUGUCAUAACAUGCGAUAUUAAGUUGCCAUGGAAGAGGAGAGCACAGCCUGCCCCGGUGAGGCCGGCCAGCUGACGGUCGACACACAGACAACUGACGAUGUUCCUAGCACUGAAACAAAGCCCGAAGGAGACAACCUCGCCACUAGUGUUGUAAAUAUAGAUAAUAAAGACGGAAGUGAUGAUAACAAGAAUAAAUGUAAUGGUGAAAACAAAAGUGAAAAUAAAAAAGAAGAGUGUAAAGUUAGUGUUGACACAGUCAAUACAGAAGGCAACUGCAGCACGCCACUACCCAAGGAACCUUUCAUUGAGCAAGAACCCAUCGAACCGAAUGAUGAUGCAAGGUCGUUGGGUGACCUAGAUAGCUUGCCAGCAGGAGACGAACUUGUUCUUGGCGCUGCUGGCAGUGACAGCGGAGUAGAAGGAUGUGGUCGUGCGCUCUCUAGUGGUGGUGGGUCCAGGUCGUGCGCUUCUAGUGUAGUCUCGUGUGGCUCUGGUUGCGGUUCUGAAAGCUCGUCACUUGCCGGCGCACCGCCGCGUCCACGACGGCGCGUCAAUGUCAACGUCGCUGAGCCGAAACGAAGCUCACCUGUCAGCUCGGCAGCGCCACGACCCAUAACGGCGCCACGCGGCCCCAACCUGGCCACCCGUGAACGUGCUAGGAGUCGAGAGAAACCAACACCACCCGAAAAGCCGCGACCGCUGACACCUAAACCACGAAUCCGGCCUACAGCUGACUUGCCAAAUCUCGUACGAGAGAGCCCUGCGUUACGUGCAAAGCCUACCAAAACCUCGACAGCACGGUGCCGGACACCGAACUCGCCGAGUGAAGAGAAAAGAUGGCCAGCGAAUGGACCGCGGUUGACGACAGUAACCGAUGUUAACGCCACAAGAGCCACAGCCGAUAAAUAUGCGACACUACCGCGUAGGAGACGUGAUGCAGAACCUGAUAGCUCUCCGAAACACGAGGGCACUCCUCCAUCGUCACGACGCCCCACCGUCACACGAUCAGCUUCUUCACGCACCACCAUCAAGACGCGGGUACGCAUCUACGCAGAGAAAACCUCGCAGACAGUGCUGAACGGCAACGAUAUCGAGUCGGCACUGGCGGGGAUUGUGCCAAAUAUUGAAAAUCAUGUAGAAGUAUCCCGCUGUCACCGAGGCGUGCAGGCGAGCGCGCGAGAUACUGAAGCGGCACGGCUGGCGAAUGCCCUGGCGGCCGCGGCGGAGGAACGGGAGCGGCGACAGCGGGCCGAGGCACAACUGGCAGCGGAGCGGGCGGCUCGCCUCGCUGCCAUCGCGGAGCUGGACCGCAACUCACAGAGGCUGUUAGAACUCGCCGGCGCUGGCGCUGGCGCUGGGGCUGACGGCUGUCUUCGCGCGCUGGAGGAACAACUGCGCUCUGCAGGCGAGCUGGCGACCAGGCAGAGUGCAGAGAUAGACGCACUGCGGGAACAGUGCAAUAAGCUCCACGUCGAGGCGUGCAGUGCCCGCGAGAGUGCCCGACUGGCCGAGGCUCGGCUGGGCGAGGCGGAGCGCGAGGCGGCGGAAAUGCAGGACUUCCUCGCCGCAGAGACUGGCGCACUCAGCGACUCACUGCGAGACGCAGAGACUGAACUCGCCAGGGUCAAUGCAGAUCUAGAACGAAGGCGCGCGGAGUGUCGUCAGUUGGUGCGCAUGUGCGAGCAGCGCCGCCAGGAGGCGCUGGCGGCGGCGGCGCGCGGCCGCGGCGGGGCGCGCGCGCUGGCCGCGCUCGACGCGCUCGGCCACCGCCUGGCCCGCCUCACGCGCGCCGUGCGCCGCGCCUACACGCUGCCGCCCGACCAGGAGCCCACCGUCUACCACAACGAACUAUACAGUCGCAGCGACAGCGGCGAGGCGCUGUCUCCCGAGGAGGAGGCGGCGGGCGGCGGCCUGCUGGCCAACGUGGCGCGCGCCCUGCGGCACGCCGCGCCCGCGCACAGGGACGACGACCGCUCGCAUAUGUCUGACGACAAUGACAACUCCGCCGAUCUACUCGACUCCGAGACCGAGCCGUGCCUCGUUACUGAUCCUGAAUGCGCUGAAGAAUGGUGGUCAGGCGCAGAGGGUGCCGGUGCGUGGAGCGGUGACGAGUUGUCACCAGAGAGAGAUUUUUAUGUGGACGACAAAGAGCCGGAGUCUGCGUCGGUGUCGGAGCGCGAGUCGCUGCGCGCGCUGUCGGCGGCCAUCACGGCGCGGCGCUGCGAGGAGACGAGCCGCGCGCGCGGCGCCGUGCUGCAGCGCGCGCUGUGGCUGGACGCGCGCCUGGCCGGCCUGCUGCGCGCGCUGGCGCAGGCCGCCGCCGCCGCCGCCGGGGACCCGCACGCCGAGAGACUCGCCGCCGUACUACGAGAGAAAAUUGACAUCACAGAAAAGAACGUGGCAGAUGUAGUUGUGAAAAAGCUAGCCGAGUUGGACGCCACUAAGAAUAUGAUGGACCAGUACAGGCAGUCCGUUGAUCCGCUCAAGAAGCAUCUGGUACAAGCCGAUGAGGAGGAUGAUAUAGAAGCCCUUGAGGAGGAGCUGUCUGCGUGCAGUGAGAGCGAGCGGCGCGCGCUGUACGUGUCGCUGGACGCGGCGCUGAGUGCGCUGGGCGCGGCGCCCGCGCGCUGGCCGCGCCUGGCCAUACCGGGCGGUAUCUUUGGGUAUGCAGAUGACAGCAAAGUUGUUGAAAGGCGUGUGCCCGAUGCGCGGACUAACGGAACACAGAUCCGGUCUCUAAGAGAAUCCAUGGUUGAGCGUUUGAACUCGUUCUUGAAGGCGGUCUCCGACUAG